AGGAGGGCUGAGAUUUCAGUGUGGGCAUUGUUUUGACCAAGUUUGCCCAUGUAUGAGUGUUAGUGUCUGUAUUGUGGCUCUAGAAAUGGCUCCAGUGGUGAAGGAGAGACUGUGUGCAGACGGAUUCGCUACCAUGAAACCAUCCACGAUGCCUCUGACCAGUGACAAAACCAAGGAACUAGCAGCCCGGUCCAAGAGCAUGGUUCUUGGAGAGUUGUCCCGGGUCUCCAGGCCGUGCUCUCCUCUGGACCAGGAGAAAGCUCUGAAGGCUGGCUGGCUGAAGAGACAGCGGAGCAUCAUGAAAAACUGGCAGCUGCGUUGGUUUGUCCUCAGGACUGAAGCUCUGUAUUUCUACAAGGACCAGGAUGAAACCAAGGCACAGGGUUGUAUUCCUCUUCAGGGCAGUCAGGUCAAUGAGCUGCCUGCCAAUCAGGAUGAGCCUGGUCGCCACCCGUUUGAGAUCGUUCCAGGGGGGACUGGAGAAAAGGAUCGGACAGGGAUAAGCCAUGAAUCAUACCUGCUGAUGGCCAACUCUCAGAGCGACAUGGAGGAAUGGGUCAGAGCGAUUCGUAGAGUCAUAUGGGCUCCACUCGGAGGAGGGGUCUUUGGGCAACACCUAGAAGAGACAAUGUUGUACGAGGCUCAGUGUGGCCCUCAGAGAGUCGUCCCUGUGCUGGUGGAGCAGUGUUGCAGUUUCAUACGGGAACAUGGGCUCAAAGAGGAGGGUCUUUUCAGAGCUCCUGGACAGACCAAUCAUGUUCGAGAGCUGCAGGAUGCGUUUGAUCGAGGCGAGAAGCCGGUGUUUGACAGUACCACAGAUGUCCACACAGUGGCGUCACUGUUAAAGCUGUACAUUCGGGAGCUGCCAGAGCCCAUAAUCCCAUUCUCCAAAUACACACAGUUUCUCUCCUGUGCUCAGCUUCUUACCAAGGAUAAAGCAAUGGGUAUCUCAGAGCUAGGAAAACAGGUGAAAUCACUUCCUCAGGUCAACUACAACAUCCUUAAAUACAUCUGCAGGUUUCUCGAUGAGGUUCAGUCUCACUCCAAUGAAAAUAAGAUGAGUGUUCAAAAUCUGGCCACUGUGUUCGGACCCAAUAUCCUUCGGCCCAGAGUGGAGGAUCCUGUUACAAUGAUGGAAGGGAGUUCCCAGGUACAGCAUCUUAUGACCGUCCUGAUCAGUGAACACGCUCAGCUUUACCAACGAGAGGAGGAAGAAAAAGAUACUAAAGCCCCCCUACAACAGAGUGCUAUCCAACGGUGCAAGGUGGAAUGGCUCUCACAAGAGGACACUGACGCCCCCAUAUCCUCCUCAGGCCAAGGCUCCAAACCUUCUAAAGAGAAACCCCCACCUUCCACCCCUUCUGCAGACACCAAGCCGACUGCACAGAGUCCUGUUACAACUCAGGAGAAGAUUGAGGAUUGUCAAAUUGAAGGGAAGGGCAAAAACAAGGCAGAGGAGAAAGUGGAUGACAAAGAGGACAGUAGAAGUGAAGGGAAAGGUGGGAGUGAUGCAGCUGUUAGUCCUAGUAAGCAAUCUAAAGCCCCGCCCACGUGGAGGACCUCCUUCAAAGGUGGUGCAGCAUCUGCAGGGCCAAGGGGGAAGAUCGGCGGGUCAGCAGGGGACGUUUCAGCAGCCGGUGGGAGCAACUGGCUGAUGAAUGGCCUGUCGUCUCUCCGAUCUCACAGGCGAACCACCUCAUCAGGUGAAAGACUUAAAGACUCGACUCUGUCUCUAAAAGACUCCACCCUCUCUCUUAAAGAGACCGCUCUUUCACUUAAGGAUUCACAGAGAGACUCUGAUGAAGACUCCCCUCAGACAUCCCUGUCUCACAGAGCCCUACUUCAAUCCCACAGACUUUCUGCCUAUGAUAAUGUCGCCCCUUCUAGUUUAAGCCUUCCUGCUGACACCUCGUCUAUCUGGACGUCCUUUGAGAUCUCACUGGCUGAUCCGGAAGGAAACGACAAGGCGGUAAAAUCAGGGUCGGGUCAAGACAGACCCCCAGAGGUCAAGGACAGUACGAGCACUCUGGAUCACAGUGCAAGUGUCACUGAGGAUGACCUCCCAGUAACAAACGAAGGUCUUGCCAUCAAGCUGAGCGAGCUCAAGCAGGAACUGAAGAAACAGAGGACAAGCUACGAAACCUGCAUUCGCAAGUUGGAAGAGUCCUGUUCAAAGUACCAGUCCCAGGUGAACCGCCUCGAGGAGGAGCUUGACCAGGAGAGGAAGAAGUUCCAAAUGCUGGAGAUCCGACUCAGGAACUCGGAGCGGGCGCAUCAAGACGCAGAGAACCGAAACGUUCUCCUCCAGCGAGAGAUGGAGGAGUUCUUCAAAACCCUCGGGGAUCUGACUACAGGAACACCACGGACCAACUAGACCAGACCAACCUGCCUUCAUCUGGUCCAUCGGAGGUGGAGGAGGAGCUUGAUAAAUGGGAAGACCAGCCAGCCCCAAAGCUUUGAAGACCAAAUACCUCUAGUGCAGUACAACUUACCACCGUGUCCUCUUAAGUAUUGCCGUCUUGUGCCUACACUGAGCAGUGCCGGUGCCAAACGAGAGCUCCUCUGGACCAAGCACCCCUCAAAAUACCAUUCCCCAAAUACUAUAAUACACCAUAGAUCAUGUAGCUGAUUAUUUAUUGAUGAGACUACUCUGAAAGAGAGCAGAAAAGGUCUUGUAUAGUGCCUUGCAUAUGCAUUCAUACUCCUUGAACUCUUCUGUAUUUUUAACUACAUUAUAGGAGGGUUUUAUGGAAAGGACUAACCCAAAACAGUCUAGGAUUUUUGCACGAUUUCCUGAACAAAAGCUUUGAAUGCUUUGGUAGGAUCAGGCACAAGUGUUGUCUUAAAUUUAACUCUUAAAUCCCAAAAAGUUCCUCUUCUCGACUGCAGUUUGCCAAACUCAUAGUUAAAUAAAUAGAUAAUAU